ACAAUUCGGUCGUCCAUGACGGUGCGCAAGCGGAGCUUGGACCUGGUCGAUGGCAACGACAGAGCCUUCCACCGACACCACGAGUCCAUCCGCGUGGAGGGUCGCCGCGGCCACUUCAACGACAUCUACAUCUCGAUCAUUCCGCACGCUACCGAGAACGUCGUGUUCUUCCCUGGCGACGUGCAACAUUUCGAUCAUGUCAUGCGACGCGGCACGUUCAAAUCGUUCGCCGCGUACUCGUACGAGUCCAUGUGUGACCACUACAUUCGGCGAUUUCCGUGUGCGAACGUGUGGAUCAUCAAGCCUCGCAUGCACGCGAAAGGUGUUAGCUGCUACGACAACUUUCUCGACAACACAGACGGUGAACCGUCGAGCUAUGGAUUUGCUUUCUUGCAACUCCAACUGCUCUUCGAGCACACAUCCGCGCUCUUCCAAGCACCAGGUCGACAACUCACAUGGGAUCUUCCGCUGCAUCUCCUUGGAUUCAGUCGCGGAGCGAUCGUGUUGAAUCAAUUGAUCACUGAACUCGGGUCCUUGCUGCACUUGUCCACAUCCCCCACUCAAGUCGACACGUCACUGGCAGAGGUCGUGGCCGAAUGCGGGUCGAUAUCGGCGUUCUUUGAACGCGUCGAGAGCAUCGAGUGGAUUGACGGCGGAUGCAACAUCGAAUCGAUGACAUUUCCCACCAACGAGUCGGCACUCAUGCUGCUCAACUCCUUUCAACAUAUCCAGCUGCGCGUGCUUACUACGCCGUACCACAUGAAGUCGCCACUGCGGCCAUGGUACAACUCCGAUCUCGCACUCUUUCAACGGGCAUGUCCACACGCCCAAGUAAUCUCGUGCUUCAUGGACGAUUCGCCGUCGCUGCAGAAUCACUUUGACGUGCUCUUUGUUCGGUAAUGACGUCGACAUCCAACGUAUUUAUUUUCGCCGCAUAUGAGGAGGCGCUUGGCGAAUGCGGUGUGGUUGGAAGGGCCACGAGAGACGUUCUGUGCGUCAAGGCAGGCCACGUCGGCGGCAUGACCGACGUCCGAGCAUGUCUCUCUCGUUUGUCGGGGAUCUUCAUGGACCAGAUUCAGUGAUUCGAAAGUUAUGACCUCGGCAGUGACAAGGACUCAGCAAUGGAAAAACGCCCCCGCCAACAUCACGACCUAGAGGCACUUUCUGCCACAGUUGAGAUCGAUGUACCUUUCCGCUCUGUACACAUCGUGCGUUGUCGAAGCAUUUGUCGGAACGACCGACUCCUUCACGACGUGUGAAGGUAUAUGUGAAGGCAUCGGAUCAUCCUUGGCUGCAAGUCUCGCCAUGUGAGCGCUAAAGUAUCCCUACCACUUUCUAUCCUGCUUAGAUCCCGUUCCAUAGUCCUCAGUCCACAUGAAUCGCCCUCGGUUGCAAGCAGCGCAUAAUUGUUCUUGAUGUCAUAUAUAUUAGCGGCCACAUUCAUUAGGUCGAGCUGC